AUCCGAGCUCUGUGCUCGUUAAAGGCGGCGCAAAGAGACUCUCAGUGGCUUCAUUCACUCUGCGUUAGCCAACCAGUCAGCCAGCUAGCCUCCGCGCUAAUGAAGCUAAUGCGGCUAGCGGCGUAUAGCAGCAUUUACACGCUUUCUUUAUUUCUGCCGGUGAGUUAAAGCACAGAUUAGUGUCCACACAGGGAAGACUCAGUUAAACACCAAAGCAGCCCGUAAAAAAAGAGACCGCCUGAGACUAACUCGACAUUAAGCCUCACCUAUCGCGGCCAGGUGAGCCUCCCUUUCGUAUCACUUCCUGAAUUCUUGAGUACUGGAGAUGGGUGAUUUACAUAGCAGGUGACUUAGUUGCACAAUGCUUUUGAAUGUAUGACAGUACAACACCCAGAAACCCUUCAGGUUUUACCGAGAGUCACUCGGAUGUGCGUGAAUGGGAGCAGACUGUAGGUAGGAAGGACAGCAGGUAGAUGGAUUCCUCCAACUCCUCAGGUGAUGCUUUUCCAGGGUGUAGAGUGGACUGUGGUCACGGUGUUUGGGUCGGACAGAACUGCACCUUACCGGGUCAGCACCUGCGCUGUCAGCUGGUAAAUGUGACAGACCGCAUCAACACAUCCAGCCUCACUAUGGCUCAAGACAGGGGCAAAUAUGACUUCUACAUUGGCUUGGCGCUGGCCGUCAGCUCCAGCAUCUUCAUCGGAGGCAGUUUUAUCCUGAAGAAGAAAGGACUUCUGAGGUUGGCGAGGAAGGGGUCCACACGGGCAGGGCAGGGAGGUCAUGCGUAUCUGAAAGAGUGGCUGUGGUGGGCAGGUUUACUAUCAAUGGGGGCUGGGGAAGCGGCCAACUUCGCCGCGUACGCCUUUGCUCCUGCAACGCUAGUCACACCGCUGGGAGCCCUGAGCGUGCUCGUCAGCGCCGUGCUGUCGUCAUACUUCCUGACGGAACGGUUAAACCUGCACGGGAAGCUUGGCUGUCUGCUCAGUAUCCUGGGCUCCACCACCAUGGUCAUUCACGCGCCGAAGGAAGAGGAGAUCAGCAGCCUUGAGGAGAUGGCGGCCAAGCUGGUUGACCCAGGGUUCCUUGUCUUUGCCACCCUCGUCAUCAUCGUUGCACUCAUCUUCAUAUUUGUUGUGGGUCCCCGCCACGGCCAGACCAACAUCCUAGUCUACAUCACCAUCUGCUCGGUAAUCGGAGCACUCUCUGUGUCCUGUGUGAAAGGACUGGGCAUCGCCAUCAAGGAAGCGAUCGCCGGGACGAGCGUGGUGAAAAACCCGCUGGCGUGGAUCCUGCUCCUGGGUCUAGUGGGCUGUGUGAGCACGCAGAUCAACUACCUGAACAAAGCUCUGGACAUUUUCAACACCUCCCUGGUAACGCCAAUCUACUACGUGUUCUUCACCACGUCCGUGCUCACCUGCUCUGCCAUCCUCUUCAAAGAGUGGGAGCACAUGGGAGCGGACGAUGUCAUCGGUACACUCAGUGGCUUCCUCACAAUCAUCGUGGGCAUCUUCCUGCUCCACGCCUUUAAAGACGUUAGCGUGAGCCUGGCCACGCUCGCGGUGUCCAUGCGGAAGGAAGAACGGGCGUUUCCCACAGCCAACGGCAUAGCAUCUCACACCGCCUACGAACUGCUGGACGAGAAGUCGGUCGGCGACAUGGAGGAGCGAGACACGGCUUCGCAUUUCGAUAGCGUCUCCAGAAGGAAUGGCACGAUGACGUCCUUGCUGGAUCACUAAGGACCUCCCUAUUCCAGAAGACUCGGCCGCGGCUCUGAUGUAGACGUGGAGCGCGAGAAUGAGACAAUCAGCGAUCCGGGGCGUGAACAGACCAGUGGAUUGUAGUUAAUGUUUUAAUUUGCCUUACUUUUCUUGGAAUAUGGCUCAUAUUCAUCUCUAGUUAAACUUAAUUUCAUUCCUGUGUAGCGCUGUAAAUAAGUUUUAUAAAAAGGUUUUAUGGACAUGCACCUUCAUGCACUGACUUCCUUUCUAUGAAUCAGAUGAAGUUUUAAUAUAUAUAUAUAUAAAUAUAUACUUUAUGAAGUCCUGCUGACAAUGACUACAUUUGAUAGGACGUUCUAUGAUUUGAGUUGUCGUCAUACUUGAAGGUAACGGCAGUUAAUGUUGGGAGUUCUGAACUUUUUCUUUGCAGUUUUUACAUUAAAAGCUUGACACAAACCAACAUUUGUUACAUAUUUAUUGAAUUAAAUGAUUAAAACAUAAGGCACAGUGAAUAAAUGCUGAACAUGAGCAUGAGCUCUGUUACUUCAGUUCCACUUAAAAUGUUUAGCAUGCAAGUUGAACAGUGUAGAAAAUAUAAAUUUACCAUCACCCACACUUAAAAUAGAUUAAUGCUCACCCUCAAACACCCGCCACCGCAAACCCUUAAAUACGUCAGAUAAAAACUACUUCCUCUCUCUGAUCUACUUCUGUCUGCAAGUAUAAAACAAAGAAUAUCCAAAAAGGGGAAAUAUUCUUUUCUGAUAAGGCACAAAUGAAUACAAAAAAGAAAAAGUGGCCCAACUUCUGACACAUGAUGGUCCUCAGACCUAAAGGGCGAUAUUCGUGGUGAUGCGGACAGUGUUUGAAACUUCACGCUGGUCCACAGUGUCGACGGCCGCCUCAGCUGCUGGCGAGCGACUGGUGUAUCGGAGGCUGGAAGCAUCGGACGUGCUCGACCGGCAUGUUCUCGCCGUCGCCAGACUUCAUGUACUUGUUCAGGAUGGCGAAGAUCUCGUUGUUGAGGACUUGGAAUCUACGGAUUCUGUCCACCAUCUUCUUUAGAGGCUGAAAGGGAGACAAACACGGGAAUGAGCUCAGAACAGGUCCCACUUAAUCACGUUGCUGCUUUUAUGUCAGAUCCUAUUUCACUGGUGAACGUUUAUUUUAAACGUGGCCACAGUUUCUAAUAGCACAUAAAGCCAACAGCUCAGACUGUGCUAAACGCUCAGUGUUACACAGUUUUUCCAACUCUCCAUUCUGAGGUCACAGAGAGAGCAGGGUGUAUUUAUAGUAGGUCAGCCCUGAAGUUGACAACACAAUAAUUCCCAAAAUUAUUUUUCUUAACCCCCCCUAUGGGCUUUUGGAUCAUCACAGGAAAUAACAGUUUGUGAUACGUUUUAGCCAGAUAACUUUUCUCUGCAGUUUCUCAAGAGCAUUUGCAUCAGUUGCAUAAAA